UUACCUCAGUGCAAUGGUUUAGGACUUAGAGCCAACCAACAGAAACAAAAAAAAAACAACCAUAAAUUCCCCAACAAAAUUUUCGCCUAAAAUCAAUCAAAAUUAUCGGGCAAAAAGGCAUCAACAUUCUACCCUCAUUCGGGCAACUAAAAAUGCUGAACAUGGAAUCGCCACAGAUGUACGCCGAUGCCGUGCAGACGCUGGCCCAGCUGGACCUCAAGAAACCGCCCCCCCAGCAGGCCACCAUCGGCCAGAUCACACUGACGGCGAUGUCCACUGCCCAGCAACAGCAACAGCAGCAGCAGCAACAAAAUCCUCAACAGCAGCAGCAGCAACAAAAUCCUCAGCACCAGCAGCAGACAACGGAUGCCAACAACAAUACGUCCCAGGAUGCGGCACUCCUUGUGAAGCAGCAUGCCAUGCACCAAAUGCAACAGGCGGCCCUCAACGGCAACAACAACAACAGCAACAGCGUGAACAACAAUGUGAACAACUUGCUGCAGAAGCAAAUGCUGCAACAGUACACCACACAGACGGAUCUCGACGAGCUGACGACCCAAGAGAUUACCCUGGACCUGCAGCACCUGAUAGAUGACCAGUUCCGGGACACGGAGACGCUGGGAAUCUUCAGCGACAUGGUAACCAGUCCGGGCGGACUUUCCGCCACCCUGCCGCCCAAUGGAAUGGUCAGCGCCGCAGCCAAGGUGUUGCAGCAACAGACGCUGAGGAAUCAGCACGGUUACGGGCGGGGCGGGGCACUGGCGUACAUGCCACAACCCGUCCACGCCACCUACAACAAUUCCAGCGACGAGAACAGCUCCGUGGGCUCCGACUCCAGCACGAUCAAGGAGGAGCCCAUCGACCCCGAGUAUCGUCGCCACCUGCAGGAAGCGGCCAGCCAGCAGGCAAGCAACGCGGCCGCCGCCUUCAUGUCCAAUGGCAAUGGGCUGUACAACGGGUACGGGUCCGCAGCGAACGGAAUAUCCGGCAACAGCACCAGCGGCACCCUCAACGGUAGCACCACCCCGAACCACAGCAGCAGCAAUGGCAGCAACGGCAGCAGCGGUCCCGUAAAUGGCAGCCAGUUCACGAAUCUGACCACGGCCAAUGUGCUGGCACACCACAACCUACCACACCUGGCGGCCGCCGCUGGGGCCCAGCACCUGUUGAAGCAGCACAGUAAGCUCCAGCACGCGGGGCAGCACCAGCAGCACAACCACCACCGGAAGCACGGAAACAAGCACGUGGACAAGGGCACCGAGGAGUACCGGCGUCGGCGAGAACGCAACAACAUCGCGGUGCGCAAGAGUCGCGAGAAGGCCAAAGUCCGGUCGCGGGAGGUAGAGGAGCGCGUGAAGAGCCUGCUCAAGGAGAAGGACGCUCUCAUCCGGCAGCUGGGGGAGAUGACCAACGAGUUGCAGCUGCACAAACAGAUCUACAUGCAGCUGAUGAACCAUGCCAAUCCCGAAGUGAGUCGCGUCUGUCGGAGCUUCCUCAACACCAACGAGCACUCACUGUAGCCGUGAGUGUGUGUUGUGAAUGAGUCUGAGUGUGAAUGAAUGAUUGUGGAAUGAGUGAGUGAGUGUGUCUGUGUCGCCAAAUCAAAGAUUUAAAAUGCUGUGUGGGUAGCAUGUAAGAACCAUUUUCCUUUUUGCUACUGUUCAUCAACUUCUGAAUUCUGCAUUCUGCUUUACCUCUUCUUCCUUUUCUGACCCACCCUGUGGGGCAUUUCUUUGUACAUUUUCUUCUCUUCGUUCCCUCCUCCUUGUUAUCACUGCUUAUCGAGUUACAAUUAAAUAUUUUUGUACUUAAUUUUAACGACUGUAACAUAUAUUUCGCACAUCUAUAAAUAUAUAUAUCUAUGCAUAUUAUC